AGCGGUCUCUUGUUCAGAUUUUCCUCCGCCGCGGAGCUUCACUCUCAUUCACAGGAGACUGGCCCAGCCAACCACAAGUGAAACGUCUAGCGCACCAUGGCAGAGCAGGACCUCACUCCGGAGCAGCUGAAGGAGAUCGCCGUGGCCAACGAGGAGAAAGAAUCGGACAUAAACUACAAACCUCCUGCACAGAAGAGCUUACAGGAGAUCCAAGAGCUGGACAAGGAUGACGAGAGCCUGCGGAAGUACAAGGAGGCGCUGCUGGGCAAAGCUGCCGUGGUCGCAGAUCCCACUGCACCAAAUGUCCAGGUGACACGGAUGACUCUGAUGUGUGAAAAUGCACCCGCUCCCUUGGUCCUUGACCUGCAGGGAGACCUGGAGAGCUUCAAGAAGCACCCAUUUACACUGAAGGAGGGAGUUGAGUACAGAAUAAAGAUCAACUUCAAGGUGAACAAAGAGAUCGUUUCAGGCCUCAGAUACAAUCAGCAAACAUUCAGGAAAGGAGUCAAAGUUGAUAAGUCGGACUACAUGGUGGGAAGCUACGGCCCGAGACCGGACGAGGAAUACGAGUUCCUCACCACCCUGGAGGAAGCCCCCAAAGGGAUGCUGGCCCGCGGCACUUACAACAUCAAGUCCAAGUUCACAGACGACGACAAGUAUGACCAUCUCUCCUGGGAGUGGAGCCUCGCUAUCAAGAAGGACUGGAAAGACUGAUUUUUCUCCGCCGCGUCUCGUUCACUUUCCUCCCCACUCGGCGUUUUUCCAGCCUUUCCUCGUCUUGCUGUCAUUCCAGGAUUUCUCUCCGCAUUAUCGUCUUAGGCUUCUGCUCUCUCCGUCCAUCAUCACAGCCCUCCCUUCUGCUCUCGCACCUUUUGUUUCUAGCUUUUAAUCACGUCAUUUAUCAUCAUUCCCUCAAUUGUAACAAUUAAUUCGUUUACACCCACCCUUUUCUGAUAAAGUAUUAAAUCCUCAUAAAUGGAGAAAGCAAACUGUGCACAAUCCAGAUUUUCAAGAUAGUUUGUUAUACAAGAAAAAACAGAGGAAAAAAAACAGUGUAGGAUUUCCUCUCCCCCUGUACUAUUGAUUCUUUCUUUUCCUAACAUUUUUCAUUGUUCUGUGUAAUCAUCAUGGUCUGCCUCGGGCAGCAGCGUGCAGAAAGCCUGCUAGCGCUCAUUUAGCAAUCACUGCUGGACGUAACUCUUGGACAGAGCCCAGCUAAAGCCUCUGAGCAGAUUAUAAGUACUUGGGUCUCGUUAAAACUAGUUGGGCUAAUAAAUAGUUUGGAUCUUGAUAUAAUCUACUCAGAGAACAUGGGAAACGGUUACCUCUAACCACCCAACAAGCCCCAUUUAGCUUUAGCUGCGGCUCGUUCUCACCUGAUCAGGGUUUUUAAUAAUUAUUUUUUCUAUUAGCAUCUACGUUGCCUUAAUAGCAGUUAUGAAGAUCUAGAAAAAUAGUUGAGCCAUUUGCCUUCUGAGUUUAUGAGCCUGUUUUAACACAUGGAAUCAGAGCUAAGAGUUUGUUUUUACUUCAGGUUUAAUUACUCCAUUACAUGUUUUGUUGGAGAACAUUCAUUUCUUCAUUUUUCUUCGUAGUGGUCUAAAAAUCUAAAACUGAACUCUAAGAGUCCCGAUCGCUGUCUUCUAUGCUGAAUCGAAUACAGGACGCGUUAAACCGUUCACUUUACGACUUGGAGAUUAUUUCUGCUGACUGUGCCUCCAGACUCAUUGUCUCAAUCGGUAUCCAAACCUCAGCCUUUAAGCACGUUAAUGGUUGCACGCACAGCUGGCCAUGCUAAGUGUUAUCUCGUUUUAUACACUCCAUAUGUAAAUGAACGCCAGUUUGGCCUCGUUUAGCUCGUGGGACUGACGGUUCUUCUCAGUGAGGUGGGUUAAACUUAUUGUGUGCUGUCUGUAUUGCCUACAGUUUACGGAUCUCUGGUGUUCAAAUUAAAGUGUUCAGACUGGG